GAAGCCACGCCUCUCGACAGACAGUCGGCGUCGGCGUCGGCGUCGGCGUCGAGUGUUGCGUGCCGGCUUCCACCGCAGAGGAUCCUCGCGCGGCACCCCUCUCAUCAUCGUCUUCGUCAUCAGCGACGAUCCAGUAUUGGAUCCAGCCGGCCGUUCCACCACUACACCCCCCCAAAAAAAAGUGACUCCCACUGAAACUCAGUACUACUAGUAAUGAACGGCUCGCCUCUCGCAAUCAGCAGGGCACCCGCGCCCACACGCCAGUGACGAAGCCGCCGCCGCCGCCGCCGCACGCACGCACCGGCGGCUUCUGCCUUCUGCUGCCGAUGCCGCUCGCCCGCUCCUGCGAUUGAUGCGCGCACUUCAACGCGCCGUCCUGACGCCCGGGCCCCACCACCACACCGCUUUAUAAAGUGACCAGCUCGCGCUGCUGGCCCCGUCUCUUCUUACUCCCUUCUUCCGCGGUGGUAGUACCGCGACGGAAGCAGAGGCGGCGGCAGCAGUGGACGCGGAGGAGCCCUAGCCAGCCUCCGGGUGCCGGCGCGGCGAGGUUGUGGAUUCGAUGGCGGUGGCGUCGCGGCUGGCGGUCGCGCGGGUGUCGCCGGACGGCGCGCGCCCCGCGGCGGCGGCGGCGGCAGGGGGGAGGGGGAGGAGCGGGCUCGCGGCGGUUCGGCUCCCGUCGACCGCCGGUUGGGUGAGGAGGAGGGGGCGCGGCGGGGCCGUCGCGGCCAGCCCUCCCACGGAGGAGGCCGUGCAGAUGACGGAGCCGCUCACCAAGGAGGACCUCGUCGCCUACCUCGUCUCCGGGUGCAAGCCCAAGGAGAAUUGGAGAAUUGGGACGGAGCACGAAAAGUUCGGUUUCGAAGUCGACACUUUACGCCCUAUAAAAUAUGAUCAGAUUCGUGACAUACUGAACGGUCUUGCUGAGAGAUUUGAUUGGGACAAGAUAAUGGAAGAAAACAAUGUUAUCGGUCUCAAGCAGGGAAAGCAAAGCAUCUCACUAGAACCUGGAGGCCAAUUUGAACUUAGUGGCGCUCCUCUCGAAACAUUACAUCAAACUUGUGCUGAGGUCAAUUCGCAUCUUUAUCAGGUUAAAGCAGUUGGAGAGGAAAUGGGAAUAGGAUUUCUUGGGCUUGGCUUUCAGCCAAAAUGGGCACUGAGUGACAUACCAAUAAUGCCAAAGGGAAGAUACGAAAUAAUGAGGAAUUACAUGCCUAAAGUUGGUACUCUUGGCCUUGAUAUGAUGUUCCGGACAUGUACUGUGCAGGUUAAUCUUGACUUCAGUUCAGAACAGGAUAUGAUAAGGAAAUUUCGCGCUGGCCUCGCUUUGCAGCCUAUUGCAACUGCAAUAUUUGCCAAUUCUCCGUUCAAAGAAGGAAAACCAAAUGGAUUUCUCAGCUUAAGGAGCCAUAUCUGGACAGAUACUGAUAAUAAUCGUGCAGGGAUGCUCCCUUUUGUCUUUGACGACUCAUUUGGGUUUGAGCAAUAUGUGGACUAUGCAUUAGAAGUCCCCAUGUAUUUUGUGUACCGAAAUAAAAAGUAUAUUGACUGCACCGGAAUGUCGUUUCGGGAUUUUAUGCAAGGAAAGCUUCCACAGGCUCCUGGGGAGUUGCCCACUCUUAACGAUUGGGAGAACCAUCUAACAACAAUUUUUCCUGAGGUUAGGCUAAAGAGGUACCUUGAGAUGAGAGGUGCUGAUGGUGGCCCAUGGAGGAGAUUGUGUGCGUUGCCUGCAUUUUGGGUUGGGCUGCUGUACGACGAGGAAUCGUUACAAAGCAUUUUAGACAUGACUUUUGAUUGGACAAAGGAGGAAAGAGAGAUGCUAAGACGGAAGGUACCAUCGACUGGUUUGAAGACGCCGUUUCGUGAUGGAUAUGUAAGAGAUUUAGCUGAGGAAGUUCUAAAACUGGCCAAGAAUGGACUGGAAAGAAGAGGGUACAAGGAGGUUGGUUUCCUUAGAGAGGUCGACGAAGUAGUGAGAACAGGAGUGACGCCUGCGGAGAGGCUGCUGAACCUGUACGAGACCAAGUGGCAACGCAACGUCGACCAUGUUUUCGAGCAUUUGUUAUACUGAUUACUGAGGAUGACGCCGCCGAACGACGUUGGACUGAGCUUGUAGAUGUACCCCGUACCCUAAUACAGAGUCUCGUCUUGAUUCAUUCAAUGCCUGAGCCGGAAGGGCUCAGUUUCAGGCACACAGGAGCAGAGCUUUCGGUUGGUUGUUGACGGGGGGCAACCGCUGCACAGCCCGGUGCUGUGCCUACAAAUAACUUCGCCUGGAACUGGAACGGAUCACUCAUCACUGUGCUUUGCUUUGACUUGAUCUGCCUGUCUCUCCAGGGAGAUGGAACAAACUACUGUUUGUACCGGCCCGUUUUGUUUUGCAGCUAUGAAAAUCGCCGUAUUGAAAAUAAGUCCGUCUUCUGCACGAUGGAACUGUUUGUUUUUCCUUUUUUUUUGGAUUGUUGGGACUUGGGAUGUUUGUUCGGGGUUAACAUGGCAAAAGUGAUCUCAUCGACGAUAAAUAAAUGAACUGAUGGUUUGAUCCGGAA